UCCCUCACUCUCUUCCUAAAUUCCCCAAAAUCACAAAAUUCCCAACCAAUCUCGCGACAGCAGCGGCCAACACUGCCCCAUCUCGCCUACCGAAUUCGCGGCGGCUUCAGCGCCGUUGCUGGAGCGCCAGCCACUCUCCUACUCCAUCUCACUCUCUCUCGAUUCCAUUCCUCUCCUUCCCCUGUCUCCAACCGCCGCCGUCAGCCAGCAGCGCCCCGCCACUGUCGCCGCUGGAGGGUGCUGUCCGCCGAGGCAGCCGCUGCCGCCCAGACCACGCCGUCGCCGAUGAAGACUAAAUGUAGACUGAAAUUCAAUUGGUACUUCUCAGAGCUGCGGCUGCGGCGUUUCUCCACCACCGCUAACAUCGCAUCGCUCUUCAACAAAUACAUUGACAGAAGCAGCAUCCACUCUUGGAACUCAAUUAUCGCCGAGUUAGCUCGGAGCGGCGACUCAAUCGAGGCCCUCAAAGCCUUCUCCUCACUUCGCAAAUCCAACCUUAAGCCUAAUCGCUCAACCUUUCCCCGCGCUAUCAAAUCAUGCUCCGCACUGGCCGAUCUCAAUUCCGGUAAGCAAGCUCAUCAACAAGCUAUUAUCUUUGGCUUUGCUUCCGACCUUUUUGUAUCUUCCGCGCUAAUUGAUAUGUAUGCUAAAUGCCGUGAAUUGCGCGAUGCACGGAACAUGUUCAACGAAAUACCUCACAGAAAUGUUGUGUCAUGGACUUCGAUGAUUAAUGGAUAUGUUCAAAAUGGCUGCGCUAGGGAGGCUCUGUUGCUGUUUAAGGAGCAGUUGGUUGAAGAGAGCGUGGAGGAGGGAGGUUUUGUUGAUGGAGUCACUAUGGUUUCGAUUCUUUCUGCUUGUUCUCGUGCUUGUGAGAAGAAUGUGACGCUUGGGGUUCAUUGUAUUGUGAUUCAAAGAGGUUUCGAUGAUGAUUUGGGGGUUGGGAACACUUUGAUUGACGCUUAUGCCAAAUGUGGGAUGCUUGAGUGUUCAAGGAGAGUGUUUGAUGGUAUGAGUGAAAGGGAUUCCAUCUCUUGGAACUCUAUGAUUGCAGUAUGUGCGCAGCAUGGGGCAGCAGAGGAGGGAAUUGAAGUUUUCCGAUCAAUGGUGAGGAUUGCAGAGUAUGAUGCAGUGACUUUGUCAGCUGUGUUGUUAGCUUGUGCUCAUGCUGGAGCUCUUAGAAUCGGGAAAGGCAUACAUGUUCAGGUGAUGAAGAUGAGCUUGGAGAGCGACGUCUUUGUUGGAACUUCGAUAAUUAACAUGUACUGCAAAUGUGGCAGGGUUAGUUUAGCUAGGAGAGCAUUUGAUAGGAUGAAUUUCAAGAAUGUGAAGACAUGGUCCGCCAUGAUUGCUGGCUAUGGAAUGCACGGCCAAGCAAGGGAGGCUCUCGAGAUUUUGACAGAGAUGAUUCGCCGUGGAGUGAAACCUAACAGUAUCAGUUUUGUAUCGGUGCUAUCAGCAUGUUGCCACGCUGGUCUGGUGGAUGAAGGGUGGCACUGGUUUUGCACAAUGCAGCAUAGGUUUAAAAUAGAAUCGACUAUAGAGCACUACGGCUGCAUGGUUGAUCUCCUUGGGCGGGCGGGUUUUCUUCAAAAGGCUUAUGGUUUGGUCCUGGAUAUGAAUGAUAGACCUGAUCUUGUGAUUUGGUGCUCUCUUUUAGCCUCGGGCAGGAUACACAGAAACAUUGAGAUAGCAGAGUUCUCUGCAAGGAAAUUGUUUGAGUUGGAUCCGAAUAACUCAGGUUAUUACACAUUGCUUUCGAAUAUUUAUGCUGAUGCUGGUAGAUGGGAUGAUGAGAAAAGAAUUCGAAUAAAUAUGAGAAAACAUGGAAUUGCUAAAUCCCCUGGAUUUAGUAUAAUUGAACUUAAAGGUAGGGUUCAUGUGUUUCUGGUUGGUGAUAGGCAGCAUCCGGAGCAUGAAAAGAUAUAUUCUUACCUAAAAGAGUUAGCUACGAAGCUUCAAGAAAUUGGGUAUGUACCUAGCGUGAGCUCAGUUCUUCAUGAUGUUGACGAAGAAGAAAAGGAGAUUGCGUUACAAAUUCACAGUGAGAAGUUGGCUGUUGUUUUCGGACUUAUGAGUUCGAUUCCUGGUACAACCAUCCAGGUUACGAAGAAUAUUAGAACUUGCGAAGACUGUCAUACGAUGUUUAAGUUGAUUACAAAGAUUAAGAAUCAUGAUAUUGUGAUAAGAGAUCCAAAACGGUUUCACCUCUUCAGCAAAGGUGUUUGUUCAUGUGGAGACUACUGGUGAGGUGCUCGAUUGAGAAUAUCUAAGAUUUAAGACAACUCAAUCCUGUGGUGUUUCCUUUUCUCUUGAUACCAGAAUACUGCCUUUGAAGAAUUAUUGGUUCAUGAAGAGUGGCAACAGAUCCUUGUUAAAAUCAACCGGCAGAUGAUCCAUAGUGUAGUUACGCAACAAAUUGGUUUUCACGGAAAGACGUACCCCCCCGUCCCUUAAAAACAUGAAUUUUUGAAGGGCACGAAUGCAGAAUUGGUAUAGUAAGAGAGAGAUAGCAAGAAAAAUUGAUUGAAGUAUUGUUAAUGGACAAUAGGUCUUACCUACCUCAUUAGAGAAAAAAAAUAUAGUUUCAUAAAUAGAAAGUGCAUAAUUUUAACGGACAGGGAGAGUAUAAUAGAAGGAAACUGGAUUGCUUGCUGAUGAGUUUACAGCUACAUCAGAUGAAAUCAGGAAAGUUGGUUGAACUUAAAGGUUGAGGGAAGCAUCAUGCUUUUCAAGAAUAAAAUCACCAUUUUAGCAGAAUACAGAACACUGGAGAUGGAUCCCUUGUACAAUAUGUUGUCUACUAAACCCAUCAAUUAUCGCACGAAACGCAGCAGUUAUGCUCAUUUAUUUCUUUCUUUUUUUCUAUACCUUCAUUCUUUAUUUUAUAGUAGUGCUACACUACUACUAUUAUUUUAUAUAUCAAAAUAUUAAAAAAUACAG